UAUUGUCAAACCUUUGUAAGUAAGGCGGCAUAUUUUGGAAGGGAAGGAUUCUCGGAAACCCGUUAGUGUGGAGAUCUCAGUUUUAAGAGAUCAUUGUUUUAAGCGCUUCUGGAUAGAUAAACAGAAACUGCAAUUGCCAUGUCAGGGUUUCUUGGUAUAUUUUCUCGCAAUCUUUCAAGAAUAAAAAGAACUGGGAGCAUUGGCAGUCGAUUUUAUGUAGGCCGCCGUCAAUUUUUCGUAGCUUCGAGUUCUCCUUCGAUCAAUGGCAUGUUUGGUUCAGUAAUUUCAUCAGGACCCGCUUCUCACGCACAUCUAUGGAACAGUACGAUAUUCACAGGUCAACGGAGGAGCAUGUUUAUACAGACUCAGUCAACUCCCAAUCCCCUGUCUUUGAUGUUCAGUCCUGGAAAGCCAGUAAUGGAAGUUGGAAGUGCAGACUUUCCAAAUGCUCGUACAGCGAUGGGUUCCCCUUUGGCAAAGGCACUCUUUGUUAUUGAUGGUGUUGCACGUGUUUACUUCGGUGCUGACCACAUAACAGUAACUAAAUUAGAGGAGGCCUCAUGGGAUGUUUUAAAACCUGAAAUCUUUGCAGCAAUCAUGGAUUUUUAUUCAUCAGGGCAACCUUUGUUUUUUGACUCAAAUGUGGGAGCUUCCAAGGAUACUACCAUUACAGAGGAUGAUGAUGAGACUGUUGCUAUGAUAAAAGAAUUAUUAGAGACACGUAUACGACCAGCUGUACAGGAUGAUGGUGGUGAUAUUGAAUAUCGAGGCUUUGAUCCGGAAACUGGCAUAGUCAAAUUGCAAAUGCAAGGGGCCUGCAGUGGCUGUCCUAGCUCUGCGCUCACUUUGAAGUCUGGUAUUGAGAACAUGCUUAUGCAUUAUGUACCCGAGGUUAAAAGUGUGGAACAAGAAAUGGACGUAGAUGAGGAGGAAGCAGUAACAAGUAGUGCCAUAGAGUAGCGAACAUUUUGUUCCUUUUAUCCAUAAGUUAAACUGGAACAAGAAAUGGACGUAGAGGAGGAAGCGGUAAGAACCAGCUUGAUGGAGUGGUGAGCAUCUUGGAUGAUUGCAUAAGUUUUUUUUGUAUAUCUUGUAAUCUUAAUGAUUGAUGAGGUUUUCCUGCCUUAGGUUAUUUAAAAAAAAAUUCAAAUGUAACUAUAUUUUACUCCAUUUUAAAAGAGCAGAAUGCCUGCAAUUGAUGAUAGUCUCGGUAUUUUUUAAUCAUGCAAAGUUGAUACCACUAAAUCAGAUAUAUAAGCUCACAUUUUAAAUUAAUAAACAUUUUGAUAUAA